AUGAAGCCCCUCAUUGCAGCGCCCGCUCUCGGGCUGAUGAUCUUUCGGGCUUACUCUAAGAAAUCAUUAACGACCGGUGGUCUCAUUGCAGCCACCCUCACAGGCAUCGCCCAUGCAGUACACCCGUGGAACCUGCCUUUCGCCCUCCUCUGUGUCUUCUUUCUCGCCGGCACUCGAGUUACUCACGUGAAAGAAGAUGUCAAGGCAAAGCUGACCAUGGCCUCGAAAGGCACUUCUGGUGGUGAAGGGCCGCGAAACCAUAUUCAAGUCCUCGCGAACUCGGCCGUCGCCUCGAUCCUCUCUAUCCUCCAUGCGUACCAGCUCCGACAACGCGCGGCGUCCGUUACCCAACAAGAAGCCGUUCCCGAAGGAUCGUUCUGCUUCGCCUGGGGCGGUGACAUCCUCGUCAUCGGUAUCAUCGCAAAUUACGCCGCCGUCGCUGCCGACACCUUCUCGUCAGAGCUUGGUAUUCUCGCCAAGGGUCCGCCACGGCUGAUCACGUCGCCCACUUUCCGAAAGGUGCCACCGGGCACAAACGGCGGUGUCACACUUACGGGACUGGGUGCGGGAUUGCUGGGAAGCAUGAUCAUCGUCGUAACAUCUAUGCUGUUCUUGCCCUUCUGCAACGAAACAACAGCCGGGAAGCUCGGCGGGGGUCAGCCGUGGACGCUGCCGCAGAGGAACACCUUGAUGUUCGCCCUGACACUGUGGGGUGCGCUUGGCAGUGUGCUCGAUUCGGUCCUCGGGGCGGUAUUCCAGCGCAGCGUGAGGGAUGUCCGGAGCGGGAGAAUAGUCGAGGGUGAGGGCGGCGAGCGCGUCCUCAUCUCUUCUCCAGCCCGCAAGUCGGAGCACAACCUCAAGCGGGCGGAGGUCAAGUCCGCCGUUCUCAGCGGCGAGGGCAAGCGCGCGGUGGAGAAGACGGGGAGCUCGGCAGUGGAUGACGCCGAGGGCGUGGACAAGUACGAUCCCAAGAACAAGCACCGGAAAUCAAGCUUUGGUGACGAGAGGCCCUCGAGAGUGGUCGAGUCCGGCUGGGAUAUUCUCGACAACAACGAUGUCAACUUUCUGAUGGCGUUCUCCAUGUCUCUGGGCUCGAUGAUCAUCGCGUCUUGGUAUUGGGGCCUGCCUCUGCAGGACAUUCUCAAGUUAUAA